CAAUGUUAUUUUUUGGUGUUUUAUUCCUUCUACUACACGGAGCAGAAGCAAAAAACUACGCCGUGAUUCUGAAUGCCUCCCAGUAUUAUAAAAAUAUUCGGCACGUGGCCAAUAUUCAUGUUUUCUAUAAGAUUCUGAAGAGCAACGGGUUUACAGACAAUGAGAUUAUCGUGUUUACGUGCGACGACUUGGUGCAUGACAGCAGAAAUUUUACAAAAGGAUACGUUAUAUUACCUGAUGGCGGGUUUGAUGUACCUGAAUUUGAGGGAAAGCCAUUCACUCCGCUAUCGUUCUAUAACGCUGUUAUGGGAAAUCACAAAAAAUUAAUUGAUAUGGAUGAAUCAUCGAAUAUUCUUAUCUAUAUGUGUGGACAUGGUAACAGGGACUUUCUAAAAGUGCACAACAAGCAUUUCAUCACAUCUACUGAGCUAACAAAUGCGCUAUGUGCACUUUCGCGGCGCGGUAUAAACAAAGCGUUCGUGAUUGUGGAUACGUGCAGGGCAGCCACGCUGAUAGAUAAAAACAAGCUGCCUAAAAAUAUUGUAGUACUGUUCACGAGCAGAGAUGACCAGAACAGCAUUUCAUCCUUCAGUUCCAACAUUACCGGGCAGAUGACCAUCGAUAACUUUCCAUAUUUUUUCUACAAACAUAUCCAAUACAGACUUGAUAUGAAUAUCGAGGAUUUCUUUGAGGAAAUGAUGAGUGUUUACGACGUAGAAUCGGAUUUAAUUGUAUGGCCUGAAAGGGGAUGGAAGAUAGGAGAGUUUUUCAAGCAAGUGAAAGGAGAGAGUUUACUGUGUAAAUUCGUGAUUUAGUAAAUUUUAGCGCUCA